UUGAAGCUUCUUUUUGCCUUCGCUGCUGCUGCUGGUGGUAGCGGUGGGCGCAGUGUACUACUAUUUAUUUUCUCAAACACCGGCCGCGUGUCCAAGUUCGACUCGUCAAAAGCAUCCGAAAUAUCCGGCCGCACAAUCUACUCAUUAUUUCCCGACAAAAACAUACGACAAACAAUCCAACACAAUAAAGACAUGAACUCGAACCUUCCAAACAUCCAAACCGAAGAAGAUUCCUUGGGCAGCUUGCUCGAGCUCGCUGCCAACAAUGACCUGCCGGCAUUCAAAGACCUCGUCGAUCGCCACCCGUCCAUUAUCGACUCCGUGGGCCCUUGGUACAGCCGUCAAAAAGGCUCCAGCCAGAUGGCAUUACACCAUUUGACCCCACUAAUGGUUGCCGCCACUUACGGAAGCCUCGACGUUCUAAAACUCAUCGUCUCAUCCCCAGAAGUCGACGUGAAUCGCCACUGUGGGCCCGACAAAAGCACCGCCCUUCACUGCGCUGCCUCCGGCGGGUCCCCCGACUCUCCGGCAGCCGUCCGGCUGCUUCUGGCUGCCGGAGCCGACCCCAACCUGACGGAUGCCGAUGGUCGCCGCCCGAUCGACGUUAUCUUCGUUCCACCGAAAUCGCACGGCACGAAAUGCACUCUCCAACUGCUGCUAGCGACCGAUGACGAGGAAAACGAACCCGAAGGCCCGAACUCGCCGGUGGCGGAGGAUGUGGACGACAAAUCGGGCCGGGCCCAAACGCCUGGCCCGGAGAGGAAAGAGUACCCUGUCGACCCUUCCUUACCCGACAUCAAGAACAGCAUUUACUCGACGGACGAGUUCCGUAUGUUCUCGUUCAAGGUUCGACCUUGCUCGCGGGCCUACUCGCACGACUGGACCGAGUGCCCGUUUGUCCACCCGGGGGAGAACGCUCGGAGGCGGGACCCGCGCAAGUACCACUACAGCUGCGUGCCGUGUCCCGAGUUUCGAAAGGGGUCGUGCAGGCGGGGGGAUAUGUGUGAGUAUGCGCAUGGGGUUUUCGAGUGCUGGCUUCACCCGGCUCAGUACAGAACCCGACUGUGUAAAGACGGGCCAGGCUGCGGUCGACGGGUCUGCUUCUUUGCGCACGCGCAAGACGAGCUCCGCCCAUUAUACGUCUCGACUGGGUCAGCCGUGCCUUCCCCUCGCUCGAGCGUGGAUUUCCCGUUUAACCCUCCGUCUCCGUUCACGCCGCCGAUCUCCCCCUCGGCAGUGGCGGCUGCCGGAGGGCCGUGGGGAGCUCCGGCAAACUUGCCGCCGCCGCUGCACCUUCCGGGAAGCGGCGGCGGAGGCGGACUCCAGUCGAGCCGUUUGCGCUCGUCGCUGAAUGCUCGGGACAUUCACGACGAGCUGGAUCUUUUGGGUAGGGCCUCGUUCGGGGGGAAUGCUCUUAUUAUGCCUUCGAAUCUGGAGGAUGUGUUCUCGGCUGAGGGGGGCCUCCCGUCGUCUUCUUCUCCAAGAUUUGCGGAUUUCUCGCACAGUCAGUUCCAACAGAAGGUGCUUUCGCCGGUAAAGACAGCGCUGCUGUCGCCGAGAAAUAUCGAUCACUCUUUAAUGCUGUCGCCCCGGAAAAUGGACCCGGGAUCGCCGGCGAGUGCGCGGAUGGCGAUGCUUGCGCGGCAAGAAAACGAGCGGUUUCGAAGCCUGAGUUCGCGGGAUCUUGGGUCGGGGGUGAACUGGUCGAAUUGGGGCCCGGCAGGCCAUAAUGGGUCUUCGUCAUCUGAGUGGGCCUUGGGGGGAAUGGAUCAAGAGGUGGGUGGGAGGCUGAAGAGGUCUUCGUCGUUCGAUCUUAUGAAUGACGAGGAGGAGCCCGACCUGUCGUGGGUCCAGUCGCUAGUGAAGGAGUCUCCACAGGAGUUGAAGGAAAAAUCGGUGGUGUCUCGUUUGGCUGGGAAUGGUGGUGGAGCAAGUUCGUCGUCUGGUGGUGGGGCUGUGGUUUUGAGUGAGCAGAUUGAGGAGCAAUCGGUUUUAGGGGCGUGGCUCGAGCAAAUGCAGCUCGACCAGCUGAUGGCUCAGUGAAAGUUACCAGCUUUACAUUUUGAGGUUUGUUUGGGUGCAAGCUUUUGAAAAGGGAACCCCAUAGUGGGAAGGAAAGCUGUAUUUCUAUUCUUUUUUUUUUUAAAAAAAAAA